AUUUACCGGAUGCACUCAAACAAUCUGCAUGAUAUUUGAUUUGAACACUGUUGUUUCAGUGAUGCAUUUACACGGUUAGAUGUAGAAAAGCCACGCGAUGGAUCUGGCACACAUUCUGCGGGAGUUGAACAUCACAGAGGCGUCAGACGCAGCGGGUUCAUGCUCGGUGCUCGCGGCUCUCGGUCGGAUCUGUGAGCGCUUCGAGAAUGCAGCAGAGGGACAAGGACGCAUCCUUGAGGACACCGCGGAGAUGUUCACCAUCUCUCCUCUUACCUUGCUCUUUCCAGAGGUCAACACUGACUUACGCGGGGCGUAUCUGGACCUGGUGAACUCAUUGUCCCGUUACGCUGCGCUGCCGGUGUGUGACACAGACAGCGGCACUUUACCUGCCAAGAGUUACGAGGACAUACCGACCAAAGCUCGAGCUGUUUGCACCACGUUACUUGCAUUAUCGGUGCAGAUUGAGAAGGCUCUGAACAAUGAAAACAAUCCAAGUGUCAAGUCGCUAGCACGUACACUCGCCCCCACCUUCUGUAUAUUGUCCAUCACACACCUGCAGGAGCAGCUCUGGACCAGUGCAGCAUCCAGGAAAAGUGCGCUGCAGCUCUUGAGUUCAGUUGUGAGGAUGUCAGGCAGCAAGUCAGUGCAGGAGAUGCUCUCUGGACGGCCUGAUGAAGACGAAAGAGGAGUGUUGGGCCCAAUUCUGGACACACUGCAGCCUGAAUUAACUAAGGAAUGCUGGAAGCGUAACCAGGCAGUGAAGCACGUGUUCUCCUGGCUGCUGGUGCAAAUUAGACGACCCUGGCUAACUGAGUACUUGGAGAAGGUGUUUCCUCCAUCUCUGCUGAUAUCUGAUGAUUAUCGCACAGAAAACAAAGUAUUAGGUGUGCACUGCCUACAUCACAUUGUUCUCAAUGUGCCAGCAGCUGAUCUGCGGCAGUUCAACAGAGCUCAGGUGCUCUAUCACGCUCUCUUCAAUCACUUAUACACAUCCGAAACUCCACUCAUUCAGGUUGUGCUGCCUUGUCUCUUAGACUUGCUGUCAGUCAUUGAGAAAGCACCAGCUCAUGUAGGGUUACCACGGAAACCAAAUCGUUUUGAUGAUGCGCUCCGCCUCAUGUUGACACACAUGGAAAUGGAGCACAAGCUUGACCUGCGGCGUGUUUACGCCAGCAAUCUUGUCUUAUUUAUUGAAAGGAUCGGUAUAGGGAUCAUUCGUCACUUGAAGCGGCUGGAGAGGGUGAUUUUGGGAUACUUGGAGGUCUCAGAUGCUCCAGAGGAGAAAGCCAGACUGAGUAUCAUGGACGCUCUGAAAAAGACACUACAGAUUGCCUGGCCUCGUAUGGAAAGGAGGGUGGAUUCUCUUGCACGGAGUCUGCUGAAGUUUCUGGUGAAUGUCUCAUCAGACUCGUUGCACUCUCAGCUGAAAGAGCAACUCAUGACCAAAGCCACACACUGUUUGAUACUGCUUGACCACUGCUCAAAGGGCAAACUACAGACUCUUCUGAGAGAGGUGGACAGCAGUUGUGUCCCUGACCAUGUGUUGAAGUGCAUCCAGCAAGUCACUGCAGCAACUCCAUAUGAAUAAGCCAAUCCUGCAACUAUUUUUAAAAUGUCCUUUUAAAUGGAAGUUGUUUAGCAAAACCUCAGUUCAUUUCAUACAUUUAAAUACCUAAGUGUCUGUAAUGCAGGUGCAAAGUAUGGAUUAUGCAUCUCUACAUUGACGUUACUGUUGAAAUGUAAUACCCUCUUCUGUAUGUAUGAACUAUGUAGUAGAAUUGGUGUUGAACGUUUUAUUAAAAUGAUUCAAAUUAGUCCAUUUUUUCCAGAUUUUGUUUUGGAAUCUUAUUUCAACUCUAUGUGAUGUCUUGUCAUUCAGAUUGUAUGACAAUAGAUUAGCUUUUGACAGCAAUAUUUAAAGGAAUAGUUCACCCAAAAAUGAAAUUUAUAAUUUACUCACCCUCAUGCCAUCUCA